AUGGAUUCCAAGCCCGAAGACGGGACGGAUAUGCCGCACGUCGUCCCUAGCUCCGGCGAGAGAGUAAGCGGACCAGCUCGCUUCUUGACUGAGAGGGCGAGGAACAACAAGGCGGAUGGCAUCAGAGGACUGCUACCCCUUGAAGGCCCCGGUAUCGUCUCAUUCUCGGUGAGGAAGUUCGAAUCUUUCACUAACCCUGACAGUGCUGGUCGACCCAACCCUACUACAUUCCCCUUCGAACGCAUCACCCUCUCCCUGAAAUCCCCACUCGAGUCACGUCUACCGUCAGCCGACGGGACCGACGCGCCCAAUGGCCACUCUUUAGGCGACGAAGUCGUGAUUGAGGGCCAAGACCUUGAUCAGGCUCUGCAGUAUGGGCCCACACCGGGCUUGGCCAAGCUUCGGAACCUGUUGACGGACGUGCAGGAGGAGCUGCACAAGCGGCCCAGGGGAGACUGGGCUGUCAGUCUUGGAAGCGGGACACAGGAUCUGAUGUACAAGACCUUUUUGGCCGUACUGGAGCCGGGUGACUCGGUCCUUGUCGAGACCCCGCUGUAUGCAGGCGCCAUGCCGCCGCUGAAAGCUCUCGAUGCCAACUGCAUCGAGGUCAAUAUCGAUGACGGCGGCUUAUCGCCCAAAUCCCUCGAAGACACCUUGGCCAACUGGCCAGAGGGUCAAAAGCGUCCACGAUGUGUCUACACAAAUCCCAUCGGCUGCAACCCCUCUGGCUGUUCUGCUGGCCGCGAGCGGAAGCUCGCCAUCCUGGAGAUCUGCAAGAGAUACGAUAUCCUCAUCAUUGAAGACGACCCAUACUACUUCCUCACCCCCGAGCUCAUCCCGUCCUACUUUGAGCUCGAGCCCCUCGUCAUCUCCCCUCCAGGCCAAGUCAUCCGCUUCGACUCCUUCUCCAAGAUCCUCUCUGGUGGGAUGCGUCUCGGCUACGCUACCGGCCCCACCGCCAUCGUCAGCGCCAUCGAUGUCCAGACUUCCGGCACGAACUUGCACACCUCGGGCGUCUCCCAGAUCCUCGCGUACAGUCUGCUCAAAUCUUGGGGCAUGUCGGGUCUUUUGUCUCACUCCAAAGCGGUCGCGGAGUUCUACCGGAUCCGCCGGGUGUGGUUCGAGGAGAUUGCCCGGAAACACCUGAGCGAGCUCGCGGAUUGGGUGAGCCCAGUGGCGGGUAUGUUCCUGUGGAUCGACUGCAGUAAGAGCGGAAUCGACGAUACGGAACGAUUGAUCAAGGUCGAGGCGCUUGCGAAUGGGGUGCUGGCAGUGCCGGGGUAUGCUUUCUAUCCGCGAGAGGGAACCAAGUCGAGUCACGUCAGAGUGUCGUUCUCGGAGAUUGGCAAGGAGGACGCAGAGUUGGGGAUCAGCAGACUGGCAGCGACCAUCAGGCAGAAGAGGGAUGAGCUCCGCGCAGCAAAGGCCUAG